GCCGCGGCGGAUUAGGAAAUAGGGGGUCAGUCAGUGAACAGAAAUACGCUGAAACACGAGAAACGCUAUCGACGGCUGAACUGUUAACUUAUUGUGUUGCUGAAUUUAAUCAAAUUUGCAUUUGCCUUGGGAAGGUUAUUCCGGGAAUCGUCUUGGAAUAUUUUCAUGGUCCGCGACAGACACGGCAUUAGUCUCUGAGAAGUGUUAUUUGUUUAGCUGUGCUAGCUGUGUGCAGAGGCUGUCACCGAGUUAGUUAACGUUACAUUAUUGAGCUGCUAUCUGAAAAUGCUUUGAUAAAGGUGUUAAUGUCCAGUUUAUGCGAAUGGGUUGGUUUAUUAUAAUCCAUUUUUGCUCUUGGGAGAAGUUUCUGGUUGGUUGGCUCGCUGGUCAAGUUCUAUAGCUAGGCGGUUAUGCAGUCAGGUGCAGUUCACUGACAGAUUUAUAUCUAAAUGGCUAGCUAGUACAACAGAUAGUUAGUGUGCAGAUUUAACUAAGUCAGAUUUUUAGGCGUCCACUGCGUUUUGCACACUCUGGCAACAUGAAUCCCACAAAGAAGUCUUGUCUGCUCCUUAUUUUGGUUUUAGCAGUGACUUUGGAAGUGAUAGCUGGUGAAGUACUAACAGAUGAUGAAGUUGCAGAGGGUGGUGAGUCUAAGAGCAAAGAUGGUAAUGAUGGCUCCAAAUUUGUGGUGGGGCAAGCGUAUGUCCCUAAAGAUACCCAGGCUGACAGCAGUACAACAGACAAUGAAGUGGAGAAUGAGGUUGAGGGGAUUGAACAGGAAGACCUUCCGAGUCAGCCUCCUCCACAAGAGGAGCGUCAUAAAGAAGUUCCAGUGGUGAUUGGUGGAACGGCCUCCGGGGAGCCCUGCGUGUUUCCUUUCCUUUUCCAAGAUAAAGAGUUUUCGGAGUGUACUACUGAAGGCAGAGUAGAUGGGAGGCUGUGGUGUGCCACAACGUACGACUACAACACUGAUAAGAAAUGGGGCUUCUGUGAAACGGAGGAACAGGCUGAGCAGAGGAGGUUGGUGGAAGAGGCUGAAGAACAGUACCAGGACACAAUUAAGAUGAUUAACAGCACAAACCGAAGGAGCCAGAAGAAAGAGUUGUAUGACAGACUCCUGAAAGUUGCAGAGAUGGGUCAUGCCAAGGCCAUGGAGAAGGUGGCAUAUGCCAUGCUGUUUGGAGACUACUUACCCCAGAGCAUUCCUCAGGCAAAGGAGAUCUUUGAGGAACUGGCACUGGAGGGCUCCCCUAAAGCCCAGACUGCACUUGGUUUCCUAUAUGCUGCAGGAUUAGGGGUGAACUCAAGUCAAGCGAAGGCAUUGGUGUACUACACCUUUGGAGCUUUGGGUGGAAACUUAGUAGCACAGAUGGUUCUGGGCUACAGAUAUUGGGGAGGUGUUGGGGUUCCUCAGAGCUGUGAAUCUGCUCUCACUUAUUACAGACUAGUGGCCAAUUACGUGGCCAGCGAUGUGUCCCUGACAGGUGGCAGUGCAGUACAACGGAUCCGGCUCUUAGAUGAAGUGGAGAAUCCUGGUUCUAGCAGUGGAAUGCUGGAGGAGGAUUUAAUCCAGUACUACCAGUUCUUGGCUGAGAAAGGAGAUGUACAGGCACAGGUGGGUCUGGGCCAGUUGCACUUACAUGGAGGACGAGGUGUGGAACAGAAUCAUCAGCGAGCAUAUGAGUACUUUAACCAAGCAGCAAAUGCAGGGAACACGCAUGCAAUGGCAUUCCUUGGAAAGAUGUACUCUGAAGGCAGUGAGUAUGUGCCUCAGAACAAUGACACGGCUCUGCAUUAUUUCAAAAAGGCUGCUGACUUGGUGAGAAUUUUUUUUGAUUCAGAAGCUGUUUAUUUUCAAAUGUUCUCCUCUAAUCUGUCAUUUUUAUUGGCGUCUUUAGGAAAUCCGGUUGGCCAGAGUGGCCUUGGUAUGGCUUACCUGUAUGGAAGGGGUGUUCCUGUGAACUAUGACCUGGCACUGAAGUAUUUUCAGAAGGCUGCAGAGCAAGGAUGGGUGGAUGGACAGUUACAGCUGGGAACCAUGUACUACAAUGGAAUCGGGGUGAAACGUGAUUAUAAACAGGCUCUUAAAUUCUUCAACCUGGCUUCUCAAGCAGGUCACAUCCUAGCCUUCUAUAAUCUAGCCCAGAUGCAUGCCACAGGGACUGGGGUCAUGCGCUCCUGCCACACUGCAGUUGAGCUCUUCAAGAAUGUGUGUGAGCGCGGCCGAUGGUCUGAGAGACUCAUGGCAGCAUACGGAAGCUUUAAGGAGGGCGACAUGGACUCUGCUCUAGUACAGUAUCUACUGCUGGCUGAACAGGGCUAUGAGGUCGCCCAGAGCAAUGUGGCCUUCAUCCUCGAUCAAAAGGGGUCACAGAUUUUCAAUGAAAAUGAAACGUACCCACGGGCUUUGCUCCACUGGACCAGAGCAGCUUCUCAAGGCUACACAGUGGCCAGAAUCAAGCUGGGUGACUAUCAUUUCUACGGCUAUGGCACUGAUGUGGACUAUGAGACUGCAGUCAUUCAUUAUCGUCUGGCCUCUGAGCAACAGCACAGUGCACAGGCCAUGUUCAACCUAGGCUAUAUGCAUGAGAAGGGCCUUGGUAUUAAACAGGACAUUCAUCUGGCUAAACGGUUCUAUGAUAUGGCUGCAGAAGCCAGUCCUGAUGCCCAAGUUCCUGUGUUCCUGGCCCUCUGCAAACUGGGCUUCGUUUAUGCACUACAGUACCUGCAGGAUCUCAAUCUGAAGGAGCUUCUAUCUCAGGUGGAUCUUGACCAGUUACUGGGUCCAGAGUGGGAUCUCUACCUCAUGACUGUCAUUGCUCUGCUCUUGGGCACAGUGAUUGCAUAUCGGCAGAGACAGCACCAAGCCUUACCCAGAGCCCCUCCAGUGCCUCCUAGACCUCCGGGCCAGCCUGAGCAGCCUGCAGGAGAGCCUGAGGAACAGUGAGAGAUCAGGGUGGAGGUGACCGAACAGGACUAGGAUACGGGAGAACAAAUUGAGGCCCAUUAGCAUCUCUCUCUCGGGACAGCCGCUGACACCUACACCCUGCUUUUGGGUUUAUAAUCCUAUAAACCCCAGAAGAGCUUUCAGGACUCUCGUUGCCCUGUCCAUUCCCUCUUUAGUCUUUUAACUGUGGCUUGGAGAAAAACUAGACGAACUUCUACAAUAUCUUAAAUGUGCGCCUCAGGGUUUUGCCAGGUGAAAUAACAUUCGUGCAAAUCAACGCUCACUAUGUGGGGGGAAAAAGACAAUGCUGAAUGAACUCCAUUAGUUGUUUCUGCUUUUUGCUUGCCACUGUGCUAAAAGCCAAGGAUCGAACCUAUUUUGUGCAAAAGGACAAAAGUAGUUUUCACUAGCACAUGAUGUAGAUUUCACUGUCUUGAUUACAAUGUGCACAGUUACAGAUGAAUAAACUACACAGUAAGUAGUAUAAGGUUA